AUGGAGAGCCGAAAGGACAUGGUUAUGUUUCUGGAUGCGGGUCAGCUUGGUACUCUGGUUGGCAAGAGAGUUUCCAAUUUGUCGGAAGCCGUGGGCAGCCCGCUGCCCGAGCCGCCCGAGAAGAUGGUGCCCCGUGGUUGCCUGAGCCCGCGGGCCGGUCCUCCGGCCGCCCGGGAGCGCGGCGGGGCAGGCCUGGAGGAGGAGCCGGUCGACGGACUAGCAGGCAGCGCUCCCGGGCCGGGCGCCGAGUCGCGGGCAGCCGGGGCUGCGGUGCUUGGCCCCGGACCUCCGGCCCCCUCCGCCGACAGCCUCUCGGGCCAGGGGCAACCUAGCAGCUCGGACACCGAGUCGGAUUUCUAUGAAGAAAUCGAGGUGAGCUGCACCCCGGACUGCGCCACGGCGAACGCCGAGUACCAGCACAGCAAAGGGCCCAGCUCAGAGGCACCGGCCAGCAGUCCCAACAGCGGCAGCGAGGCCCCCAAGAGCAACAGCAGCGGCAGCUCGCAGGGCACCCUGGCCUGCAGCGCCAGUGACCAGAUGCGUCGAUACCGUACCGCCUUCACCCGGGAGCAGAUUGCCCGGCUGGAGAAGGAAUUCUACAGGGAGAACUAUGUAUCCAGGCCGCGGAGAUGCGAGCUGGCCGCCGCCCUAAACCUGCCGGAAACCACCAUCAAGGUGUGGUUCCAGAACCGGCGCAUGAAGGACAAGCGGCAGCGGCUGGCCAUGACGUGGCCGCACCCGGCCGACCCCGCCUUCUACACGUACAUGAUGAGCCACGCGGCGGCCGCGGGCGGCCUGCCCUACCCCUUCCCGUCGCACCUGCCCCUGCCCUACUACUCGCCCGUGGGCCUGGGCGCCGCGUCCGCCGCGUCCGCCGCCGCCUCGCCCUUCAGCGGCCCGCUGCGCCCGCUCGACACCUUCCGCGUGCUGUCGCAGCCCUACCCGCGGCCCGAACUGCUGUGCGCCUUCCGCCACCCGCCGCUCUACCCCGGCCCGGCGCACGGACUGGGCGCGGCGGCCGGCGGGCCCUGCUCCUGCCUCGCCUGCCACAGCGGCCCCGCCAACGGGCUGGCGCCCCGCGCCGCCGCCGCUUCGGACUUCACCUGUGCCUCCACCUCCCGCUCGGACUCCUUCCUCACCUUCGCGCCCUCCGUGCUCAGCAAGGCCUCCUCCGUCGCGCUGGACCAGAGAGAAGAGGUGCCCCUCACCAGAUAA